UCCUGUUCGGCUUUGUGCGACAACUCGGCCAACCCGCAACAGCUUCGCCGCGUCCGGAUUACAUCGGUCCGGGUUAAGUAGUGUGUGGUCCAAGUUGGUUGGGAAAAGGAUAAUUCUAUUCUAUAUCUUAUGCCCGGUAGUUGAUUUAACGCACGGUUCCCUGUCGAGAAUUCCGGCGCCCGUUUCUCUAUACUAUCAACUACCACAUCAACAUGGCGAACUCGACGAUAGACGCUUUGCGCGGCGGUUGCCCGGCGCCAUUUUUUAACGAACUCAUGUUUCCUACAUCCGGAGGACAUGUGGAGGGCCGAUUAUGUUCGCCAAUCGGACGUUUAAGCUGCUGCAUACCAUGUCCUAUGACGGAUUGGACAUACCCAGAUAAUUUCACAACAGCGACAACCGCAGCGAAUUGGGUUAAUGUCGUUGGCAUGAUAUGUUGUGCCUUCUUAUUAAUUUCAUGGAUCGUGCUUCCCGUUGAGAAGACACAUCGCCAUUACCUAAGUAUUAGUCUUACCUGUGCUACCGUCUUAAUGAAUCUGGGUUUCAUUAUCCCAUUAGCAGCUAAGCCGAAUCAAUGUUUUAACGAGAUCACCCCGAACGGAAUGGACACGAGCUCUGUAUGUGCGGCCUCGGGAGCUUUCUUACUCGCUGGUGGCUGGGCUGGUAUCAUGUGGGUUUUUCUGAGAGCGCUUUCACUACAUCUCCAGAUUUGCUGGCAAUUAGUCGUGGGCCGAAAUUACAUGUGGUUUUCUCAAGUGUUAGGUUGGGGAAUUCCCAUCAUUGGUCUUGUCAUCCUCCUCGUCUUCAGCGGUGUCUCAUUCCGUUUUGGCGCUACUUGCCAUAUCAACCACGAGAACAGUUUGGCCGAUUUCUGGAUCCCGCUUCUGGUCUUCGCAGGUCUUACCGUCAUCAUACAAUUCGCUACCUUUGGAUACUGUAUCAAAGUCUACCUCGCGUCUUUGACCGACAACAGCGCGACUACCGAAGGCUCUGGUAUGCCUUCAUACUCUAACAGUAUUCGCACUAUGACUCCGCGCCAAGCAUACCGACGUAUUCGACGUGUCAUUCAGCUUCAAUGGCGUGGUAUCGUCAUUGUAUUGAUUAUUAUUGCGGAUGUUAUCUUUUUCGCCGUCAUCUUCGUCUUCCUGGAUAAUACCGUUCAAUCGAUCAAGACCCACCCCGACAAAGCGACACUGUGGGCAGCCUGUCUCAUCGCCUUUGGUGGCGACAAGAACAAGUGUCUCGACAAGGCUAGACAUCUAGUCGUCAGUCUCCCGACUGUCACGGCGGUCUUGGUACUUCUAGCUAUGAACGGUAUCUGGCUACUCUUACUACUCGGUCGCUGGUCAAUGGUGACUGGCUGGAAAGACUGGAUCGCCUCAUUCGGCGGUCCUCGCAAGAAGGAAUUCGUGUCUGUAGACGCGCGCAUGGAUAUUAAGCAAGAUCCUCGGUCUUAUGAAAUGUUGUCUCGCGAUUCCGGAAAAGUGGAAGCGGUGCUGACACCACUUAGCGCGGCCAAGUCGCCCACGAGAGGCGGACGCCAGACCCCCGACUACUUCGGACAAGCGGCACGAUAUCAGCCUCAUCAACGGUCUUUCUCUUCGCCUAGGCCGCCGCAACAGUACCAAUGGGAUCCGAACCAGGGCUAUGAAGAGUCCUACCCAUUGCCAGCGGUACACCCGUCAUCACGACCGAACGACUACGAAAACAUGAACCCAUUAGGAAUGAACAGGAUAGAUAAAGAGGAGGAAAUACAAUACGCGGCCCCGAGGUCGCAAUAUACCCAACCGGGAGCGCCUGACUACAGUCGCGACCAUGUUUUCAUUUAAAUACCUAUACCAUUUAUAUUUACGUGAGCUAUUCGCCUAAGCCACUGCAACCAUCUACUCUUUUCUUUUUCUUCAAAUUACCCAUAUCAAAAGUGGCUCGGUGCCUCGGAUAUAUUAGUGUUUUCGGGCUUUAUAGCGCGGCGUCCCGGGAUUCGACGAAUUUUUGUAUCGAUAGAAUCACUCUUGGCUCUUUAGGAGGGGCGUGGUUCGGUCACAUCGGCUCAGGAAGAGGUUGGAAAUAUCAGGAAAAGUGCCCCUAAAAGAGGGGGAACGUCUUAUGGGAAACGUGAGAGGGCCGAAAUAAGAGAAAAAUAUUGUA